GAAGCGGACAGUGCCUGCUCCAGAUUAAGGCUGUCAGCUAGGGGUCGCGUAGGCAUAACUCCGUCCACCCUGGCAGUUCCAAACGGAGCUACGUACUUAAAGCAAGCUGCUUUACAAUAUGCAUAAAAUCUGAUUGUAACAUUAUCUAGGUUGACUUCCUAGGGCCACUGCGGACCGGUCCCGCUCUGACCGGGCGAGCUUCAGAGGAAUGGAGGAGUCGGAGGCUGAGCGUCGCGCCUCGGAGCUGGAGCAGGCGCUCCAAGCUGCGAAUGCGCAGAUUGAGGCAAAUGAAAUGUCUUACACUCUCGCUGCCCAGCGCUUCCGGCAAGAUGAGGAGCGCUGGGAGGCGGAGAAGGGCAAGCUGCAGGAGCGGGUGGCGAAGCUGGAGCAGGAUGCGGAGCAGCACAGCAAGGUGCAAGAGGAUCUGGCACGCACCGCCGCCGAACUGCGCGGCCGGCAGCGCGCGGUGGAGGAGCUGCAGGCAGCGCUGGCGGCGGCGGCGGAGCAGCGCGCCAACACGGCGGCGGCGGCGGACAGCCUGCGGGCGGUGCUGGCGGCGCGGGACGAGGAGGUGGCGUCGCUGUCGCGGCAGAAGGGCGAGCUGGCGGAGGCGCUGAGGGCGAUGCAGGAGUCGCUGAGUGGCGUGGACAGCAAGCGGCAGCUGGAGCUGUUGCAGACGCAGUACGACCAGGACAAGAAGUUCCUGGAGAGCAAGGUGGCGCUGCUGCAGGAGCAGCUCAACGCCGCCAACGACUCCUACCUGGAGGACAGGAGGAAGACGGCGGGCGAGCUGCUGUCUCUGCGCGACCGCGUGUCGGCGCUCACACACGCGGCCCAGAUCGGCGAGACGGGCCGGGCGCAGCUGGAGGCGCAGCUGCGGGAGGUGGAGGGGUUCCUGAGGGACGCGCGCAGGCAGGUGCAGGAGCUGGAAAAGGCCAAAGUGGACGCCGACGAGCACUGGUCGCACCAGGUCAACGAGUACCAGCACUUGGGCUCGCAGCACCAGGCGGCACGCGAGGCGGCGGAGGCGGAGGCGGCCGGGCUGCGGCAGCAGGUGACGGAUUUGCGGCGCGAGCUGGCUGUGCUGGGCGGCCUGGCGGAGGAGAGCGCCGCCAAGAUGGAGCAGCUGCAGGCGGCGGCGGACGCGGCGGCGGCCAGGCACCGGGCGCAGGUCCAGCGCCUGGAGGCCUACAUCGCCGCCGCCAUGGCCCAGGGCGACGUCACAGUGCUCGCGGACGCCCUGCAGACACCCGGCGGCGGCGGCGCCGCCACCUCCCCCAGCGGCGCCGCCGCUGGCGACGUCGUGAUGACUCCGGCUGGCGCCGGCGGCGGCGCGGCGCUGGUGCUGGCGGCGGCUGGCGCCGCCGGUGCGGCUGGCGGCGGCGGCGCCGGCGGCGCGCACGUGUCGACGCCGGCGUCGGCGCUCCGCGGCGGCGGCGGCGAGGGGGCUCUGCAGGGCAAGAGCGUGAUGGAGGUGUGGGCCAUGUACACAGACAUGCAAGACGCUUGGCACCGGGAGCGGGCCGAGGUGCGGCGCCUGACAGCUUUUAUGGAGCAGGUGGCUGCUGACCUGGAGGCCAAGUCCGCCUUCAGCGCGCGGCAGCAGGAGGCGGCGGAGGCGGCGGCAGAGGCGCUGGAGCGGAGCAUGGCCACCACUGCCGGCCUGGAGGAGUCCAACCGGCGGCUGGGCUCGCAGCUGGCGGCGGCGCAGGCGGCGGCGGAGCGCAAGGAGGCGGAGCGCGCGGCGGCGGAGCAGACCAUACGAGACCUCAGCCAGCAGGUCAAGUCGCUUGUGGAGGAGGUGCAGCGCCUGAGCGGCAAGCCCAUCGCGCGCACCAGCAGCGGCAGCAGCCUGAGCGGCGGCGCCGCCGGACCAGGCAGCCCCGACGGCGCCGGCGGGUUCUAUCUGACGGCGGAGCAGCUGGUGGCGGGCGGCGGCGGCGGCGGCGGCGUGAGGAGCGCGGGCGACGUCAUUAGUCAGCGGCUGGUCACGUACCGCUCGCUGGACGAGCUGGUGGAGCAGAACAGGCGGCUGCUGGCGCUGGUGCGGCAGCUGGGCCGCGAGGGCGAGCGCAGUCGGGCUGAGGUGGCGGCGGACGUGGCGGGGCAGUGGGCGCAGCGCGAGCAGAGCUACAGGGCCGAGGUGGCGGACCUGACCCGCCUGGUCACCGAGCUGUCCGAGGCCGCCUCCCGCUCCACAGCCCGCAUCUCCGAGCUCACCACCCGAACCGCCGAGCUGGAGGCGGCGCUAGCGGCAGCUGCAGCAGCCGGCGGCGGCCGAGCCAGCCGCGGCGGCGCCGCCUCGCCCGGCGGCACGCCGGCGCCGCCGGCGGCGGCGGACGGCGGCGGCGAGGCGGCGGCGGCGGCGCUGGCGGCGGCGCAGGCGGAGCUGGCGCAGGCUCGUGAGGAGCUGGAGAAGACGCGGGCGGAGGCCAAGUCGCUGAGUGAAAGCAUGCAGGUCCAGACGCACGAGAUGCGGGAGCGGCUGGCCACGGCCGCCGCCGACGCCGCCCGCGCCGCCGCCCGGGCCGAGGACAGCGAGCGGCGUGUGGCUCAGCUGGAGAGCCUGCGAGAGCACGAGCUGGCGCUGAGGGCCAGCCUGACCGCGGAGAAGGCCCAGGCGGCGGCGCUGCUGGCGGCGGCGCAGCACAAGGCGGACGCGUCGGCGGCGUCCGCGGACGAGCUGCAGGCGCAGCUGCGCACCCGCACCGAGGCCCUGGCGGUGCUGGAGGCGCGGCUGGCCGCCGCCACCGCCGCCGCCGACGCGGCGCGUGGCGCGCUGGCCAUGGCGGAGAGCGAGCGCAACCGGGCGGUGGCGGACGCGCGGGUGGCGGAGCAGCUGCGGGCCUCGGCCGAGGCCACGGCUGCGGUGCGCGAGCGGGACGCCGAGCGGCGCACCUCCGGGCUGGAGGCGGAGCUGGGCCGCCUGCGCGAGGACCACGAGCGGCAGCAGACGCUGUUCCACCAGUCGGUGGAGGCAGCUACUGCGCAGACGCUGUUCCACCAGUCCGUGGAGGCAGCCACCGCGCAGCUGCGCGAGGCGCGCACCGAGGCGGGCGACAUGCGGCGGGCGCGCGACGAGGCGGAGGCCGCGCUGCGGGCCGAGCGCGAGCGCACCGCCCAGCUGGCGCAGCGGCAGGCGGAGCUGACGGCGCAGGUCACGGAGCUGACGGCUCAGCUGGCGGCGGCGCGCGGCGGCGGCGGCGCGGCGGCGGACCUGGUGGAGGGGCAGCGGCUGCGGGACACAGAGGCAGCGCUGCGGGAGGCGCAGGCGGAGCUGGCCAGUGUGCGUGAGCAGCUGGAGUCGCGCAGUGCGGCGCUGGACACCCUGCGCGGAGCCAUGUCGUCGCUACAGGGCACCUACGACGCGCUGGCGGAGAGCCACUCCGCCACACAGGCCGCCGCCGCCGCGCAGGCGGAGGCGGCCGAGGCGGCGCGCGCCGAGGCACAGGAGAAGCUGACGGCGGCGGAGGCCGACGCGGCGGCGGCGCGGUCGGAGCUGGAGGCGGCGCGCGCGGCGGCGGAGGAGGCGGCGGCGGCUGCGGCGGCGGAGGCGGCGCGCCUGGGCGGCGAGGUGUCGCGUCUGAGCAAGGAGCUGGCGGACCGUGUCAACCAGCGCACACGGGCGGAUGAGGACAUCGCGCGGCUGCAGGCGGCGGUGCGCGAGUACCGCUCCCGCUAUGAGGAGGCUGUGGCAGCGCACGCGCGCGACGUGGCGGGGCUGCAGGCGGCGGAGACGGCGCUGGAGAACACACAGGCGGAGCUCAACAGGGUCAAGUCCGAGCUGACGUCGGCGUUGAGUGGCGUGGACCAGCGGCUGGCGGCGGCGGAGGGCGAGCGCGAGCAGCUGGCGGCGGCGCUGGCGGCGGCGGAGGCGCGCGCGGCGGAGCGGUCGGCGGCGGCGGAGGAGCUGCUGGUCAGCGUGCGCGGCGUGCUGAGCGGCACACACCAUGAGCUAGUCGGCAUGAGCUCGGAGCAGUACAAGUCGCUCAUGGAUUACCUGGGCCGUGACAAGGCGCUGGCGGCGGCGCAGCUGGAGCUGCUAAGCAGCGAGCGCAACAAGCUGCGGGAGGAGCGCGAGGCGGCUGUGCGCCAGGCCACAGUGCUCCGCGGCCAGAUGGCGGCGCUGCAGGACUCGCUGGCCACCAGCCGCGCCGACCUCACCGCCCGCAUCAAUGCCCUGGAGGCGGAGGACCACGCGCGGCGCCUGGCGCAGGGGCAGCUGCGCGGCGAGCUGGAGGCGGCAAGGGCGGAGUCGGAGCGGCUGCGCGGGCUGCUGGCAGCUGCGGAGGCCCGUCUGUCUGCGGGCGAGGGCGGCGCGCGCGAGGCGGCGGCGGCGGUGGCGGGUCUGACGGCGCAGCUGGAGGCGCACAAGCGCGGCGAGACGCUGUGGCGGGACAAGUACGACGCGCUGAUGAGCAGGUACGGCAAGGUGACGCUGGAGGAGCACAAUAGCGUCAAGGCCGAGCUGGCGGCGGCGGCGGAGCAGCUGCGCGCGGCCACCGAGUCCGCAGCCGGCCUGCAGGCCCAGCUGGACGAGCUGCGAGGCGCCAAGGCCGCCGCGGACGCCGACCUGGAGAAGACGCGCAAGGACUAUGCCGACGUGCGCGCUCGCGCCAACGCCCUUAUCCGCAAGAACCGCGAGCUGACCGCCGCCGCCGACGCCGCGGGCAAGGAGGCGGCGGCGGUGAAGGAGGAGCUGGCGGGAGCCAAGGAGGCGCUGGCGGCGCGCGAGGUGGAGCUGUCGGCCGCGCGCGAGGAGGCCGCCAAGGCUAAGGCGGAGGCGGAGGCGGCGCACACCGAGACCACCAACAAACUCAAGGCGCACUUCAAGCAGCUGCAGGACCGCUGGAAGAGCGCUCUGGCGGAUAAGUCCAAACUGGACGCCGAGUUGCAGGCCGCACGUGCCAGCCUGGAGAGCUCGGGCAAGGCGCUGGAGGAGGAGCGCGGCCGCCGCACCGCCGAGGGCGCCGGCGCCAAGGCCUCGGCGGGCCGGCUGGCGGAGCUGGAGCGGCAGCUCAAGACCGCGCGCGAGGAGCUGGCGGUCGCCCAGGCGCAGGUGCGAGAGCACAACGAGCGGCUGGAGAGGGCCCGCGCGCGCAAGCUGGCGCAGGCACACGGCGGCGCAGCACCCGCGGCGGCGGCGCCCGCGGCGGCGGCGGCUCCUGCCGCGGCCGCGGCGGCAGCACCGGAGGCGGCGGCGCCCCCCGCAGCCCCCGCCGCAGCUGCCCCUACGCCUGCGGCUGCCACUCCAGCCGCGCCUGUGCCGGUGCCAGUGCCGGUGCCGGCGCCAGUGCAGCCACCGGCACAGCGCGCGCCCAUCCUGGCUCCCCGCCAAGCCCCGGCCGCGGCCGAGACGCCCGCAGCAGCGCCCGUAGCAGCGCCGCCGGCAGCACCCGCGGCGGCGGCGCCCGCGGCGGCGGCGGCAACCGAGGCCGCUGCCGCGGCACCGACGCGCCCUCCCGCACGCCGCGCGCCCAUCCCCACGCCGGCGAUGCGCCUCGCCGCAGCCGCCGCGGCGCAGGCCGCCGCGGCCGCCGCCAGUCGCGGCGCGGCGGAGGCGGCCGCGGCUGUGGCGGGCGCCGUGGCCGCGACGACGGCGGGCGCCGCCGCUCGCGGCGGCAGCAGCAGCACAGCUGACGGCGAUGUGGCGAUGGCUGACAGCGGUGCCGCAGCGCCGGCGCCGGCUGAGGCCGCGCCGGUGCCGGCGCCGGCACCAGCGGUGGCGGCGCCGGUGCCGGUGGUGGCGCCGGUGCCGGAGGCGGCGCCAGCGGUAGCGGCGCCGGCGGCAGUGACGCCGGCGGAGGCGACGGCCGUCCAUCCGGCCGCACUGGAGGAGACCGCACCUGCGGCGGCGGCAGCUGAUCAUGAGAUGGACGACGCUGCUGCCACUGCUACUGCCGCCGCUGCUGUUGCUGACGCGGCUGCUACAGCCGCCACCGGCGCUGCUGCUGACGCGGCUGCCGCAGCAGCCGAGGAGGAGGAGGAUAAGGCGCUCGCGGCAGCGGCGUCGCCGCCGCCACAGGCACAGCAGCCUGCCCAAGCAGAGGAGGUGCAGCAUGAGCAGGAGGAGCAGGCGGAGGAGGCAGGCGAGCAGGCGGAGGAGGGCGAGGUGGCGGGAGAGGGUGAAGCCGGGGCAGGCGGCGAGGAGGGGGCGGCGGAGGGCGAGGGCGGCCUUGAGGAGGAGCAGGAGCCGGGCGCAGAGCCCGAGGCGGAGGCGGAGGAGGGCGAGGCUGGCGCCGGCGGAGAAGGCGGCGAGGAGGAGGGCGCAGCCGCCGACGCAGCCGCAGGCGGGGUGGAGGAGGGCGAAGCCGGUGCAGAGCAGGAGGAGCCUGGGGAGGUGGCGGAGGCGGCCGAGGGCGGCGAGGAGGGCGGCGAGGAGGGCGAGGCCGGGGACGGCGGUGGCGUGGAGGAGGCAGCCGCGGCCGACGCUGAGGCUGGCGACGGCGGCGAGGGUGCGGAGGGCGACGGGGAGGGGGAGGGCGGCGAGCACGAGGGCGGUCAGGAGGAGGGCGAGGUGGCGGGCGGCAGCGAAGACGGCGGCGCCGAGGGCGGCCUCGGAGCGGAGAUGAUGCCCGAGGAAGACGGCGAUAGUGACGGCGACGGCGGCGACGGCGACGGCGACGGCGACGGCGCCGCGGCGGACGUGGGCGGCGGCGUUGAGGGCGGCGAGCCGGCGGCGUCGCCGGCGGCGGAGCUGCACGUUGCUGAGAGCACGGCUGCCGCCGCGCGCGCCGCCGCCGCCGCCGCGACCGCGGCGGCGGAGGAGGCGGAGCGCUCCGUGCACGCCGCCGCGGCGGCGGCGAAGGCGGAGGAGGACGCGGCGGCGGCGGAGGCGGAGGCGGAGGAGGACGCAGCUGGCGCUGCUGCUGCAGCGGAGGAGGAAGAGGAGGAGGAGGAGGAGGAGGGUGCUGCUGGCGGCGGCGGCGACGGCGUUGAGAUGGGUGGAGACGAGGAGGAGGGCGGCGACGGCGAUGAUGGCGGUGAGGGCGACCGUGAGGGCGGCGACGGCGGCGAGGGUGGUGGCGAUGAGGACGACGGGAGCGGCAGUGGCGGCGGCGGCAGUUCGGAGGUUGAGGAUGAUGACGAAGACCCGGACCUGGCCGCGCUACGGAUGCAGGCGCUAGCCGCGACCACCAACACACGCAAGCGGCAGAUGACGCCGCCCGCCGAGGAGGCGGCCGGGGCCGGCGGCGACGCGGGCGGCGGCGCCGGCCCAGGGCCCUCAGGUGCCGCCGGCGCCGGCGCCGCCUCCACUGGCGGCGGCGACGACGAGGCUGGCGCGGUGCCGGCGGCCAAACGCGCGCGCGCCACGUCACAUGGCAGCGAGGCCGAGGCCGCUACUGCCGCCGCUACUGCCGCCGCCGACGACAUGGAUGACCUGGAAGACCUGGAGCCGGAUGUUGUUGCAGGCGAGUCCCAGGACUACGACGCAAUGGAGGCGGCGGAGCCCGGCACAGCGGCAGCCCGCCAGGCGACGCCGCCGGCAGGCGACGCGGCCGCCGAGCCGGCGCCGCGGCCGCCGCUGCGGUCGGCUCGCCUGACGCCGCCAGGCCGCGGUGCCACAGGCCGCGGCGGCGCACGCACGCCCGCGGCGCGGGGCGCGGCCGCCCGCGCCGCCCGUGCCGCCGGCGCGCGCCGCCCCUCGCAGACCGGCACCGCGACGCCGCCGGACGUCGGGACGCCAGAGCCCACCACCACCGGCGACGCGGCGGCGGGCGGCGGGGGCGGUGCCACGAGCACCGGCGGCGCGGCUGCCACCACCAGCACUGGCGGCGGCGGCGGAUCCGGCCACCACCAGCAGAAGCGCCAGCGCGCCGAGAUUUCUUUCAACCUGGCGCCAAAGCUGCCCUCCACCGCAGCUGACGAGCUGGCGGCGGCGGCGGCGGGCGACGGCGAGGCGGACGGUGCCGCUGCGGGCGGCGCCGCUGGCGGCGCGGCUGCUGUUGCUCCACCCGGCGCAGUCACCGUUGGCGGCGCCGGCGUCGGCGGGCCCGCGGGCCGCGGCCCAGGCGCCGCAAGCGGCACCCGCCUUGCGUUGUCGGGCCGCAGGCCCGCCGCCAGCCGUGGCGUGACGGGCAGCGGCGCCGGCUCGCCGGCGGCGGCGGGCGGCGGCGUGCCGGCCGCCACCAUUGCGGCGCAGCAGGCGGCGCUGCACCAGCAGAUUGCGGCGCUGCAGGCCGCGGCGGCGGCGGCGGCGGCGGCCUCGGGCGGGGCGGUGCCGCCAGGCGGCGCGGCGGGUGGCGCUCCUCCGGGCCCGGCGGGAGGGCGCGGUGCCGGCCGCGCACGUGGACGCGGGCGCGGGCGCGGCCGUGGGGCUGCGUAAGCGCUUUUUGGCGCGCACGUUGCGCCACACAUGCGAUGGGCGAGGUCGGACUGAGGUGCUUGGGCAUGGUUGCUGGGUUGCUACCGGAAGUGAGGCGAGAGCGGUUGUAGGUGCUGCAACGGUGCUGUUUGCAGGACGCAACUUAGGCGCGUGCGUGGGCAUGGGCGUGGGUUUAAGAUGGCGGGAUACUGAUACAAAUCACGCCGGUUGAGGUACACCGACGAUGGAUCCCCAUAUGUGGAAACGGUGUGGAGACACUCAGCACGCACGCAUUGGUACCAUUCGACAGUGCAACGUGGAUGUGGGUGGCAAACAACUCAGCACCGGUGGAUUGGUAGCAUGCUCUCGCUCCCCAGGUCUUGCUAGUUGGACACCGCGGUGGUUUUGGCCCCAUUCUGCACACAAAGAUCUCCUGCGCUGUUGUAACACAUCGGUCAAAAAGCUGCUGCAAGUUGCGAGGGACAGGCCGUGGCAGCUUGGCAGGCCGUUGCGAGACACUUGCCUCUCCUCAGCCUCUCGGCGGCUCAACGCGAGUGGUCAGGCGAUCGACUAUGCCGGCAGAUCCUGAACCAAACCAAGUGAAGGACUGGUGCGAAAUGUACUUACUCCAUACGUGGAUGGUCCGGCGGCUGGUGUGGGCGCUGCAUGCCUUCGUCGGUGCCGACUGCUGAGAGGCACAAUGGGGAGAGGGGUUGGGACCGGAGGAAACGGAGGUGACGGACGGCGUGGCAGUUCGGGCCGCGAAGGCUCCGCUAACCUGUAAGGCUACGUAUAUAUAUUUAAAAAGUUUAUAAUGAGGCAUCGACUCGGCUUGAACGGUUGAGUUUUCGUCGGAAGGUCGCAAGAUCGAUCCAAUGCUGCGCCGGCUGGAGUAACGACCAGUUGUCACCCGAGUGGGGGCCAAGCGGAUGGAGGAACAUACGGCCCUUCGGUCGUGAUCGCUCCCGUCGAUAGCGUGUCCUCUGUGAGUUCACAGUCGGCAAGGUCAUCGCCCUGACGGGUGAUUGACCUGGUUGAUGAUUAGUCCCGCACCGCGUGAGGCAGGAAACUGAGCAGCGAAAAGGGGCAGCUGCGGACGGCACAAGGAUCGCAUGCUUGAGGGAGUGGCAUGGCCACCCGAGGGGUCCUCUGUGGGACCAACUACCGUUUUGAUGUUUCACUUGUUCAUUGUUUUGGUAGGGGCUUAGGGCCCGCUGCAGGCAUCCACUGUCGGCACAAGCGCGAUCCACGUUGUGAUCGCAACAUUACAAGAA